AUGCCGAAACGAAAGCGCGAAUCGCCUGCUCCUACCGCAAAGCUUCCCCCAGCUUCCCUAGCCACGCCUGCGAAACAAGCCAAGAGCUGCCAAAAGUGCCUCGAAGCUGCGCAAAAGCCGCUUCUCGCAGCGCUGAAACAUGGUUCCUCGCUCGAGCGCCAGAAACACAGUCGCAGGAAGAAGGAGGCGCAGAAGAAGGGCGACCAGAAGGCAAUCUCUCGCUUGGAUGCCGAAUACCAAGUCUUGAAGGCGCUGAACCUGGAGCAGCUAGGCGAUCAGCAUUUGCGCAAGACUCUGGCAAGGGUCAAAAGCUUGAAGGACGCGGAGCCACUACAAGAAUACAUCGCUGGUAUCAGGGAGGGAAGCAAGGACACCAGUACUCUCAAUGUCACUGCGAGGUUGUUCAAGGUGGUGCAUGUGAAGAAGGUGGUGGAUGGUGUCGUUGAGGACUUGAAGAACAUUUUGGGAGCCGGCAAAGCCAAGGACAGCAACCAGAAGGAGGAAGGGGACAAAGGCAUCAAGGCGGAGGGUGCGAAGAAGCAGAAGGAUGACAAGAAGGCGAAGAGCUCCAAGUCUGCCCAGACGGAGGACGUGGAGAUGAAGGACGCAAGCGACGAGGGCGACGAUCCAUACAUGGCUUUCAGCGCGCGGAUAGCUGCGCCAUCUUCAGGCGAGGAGGGAAGCGAGGGCUCAAUAUCGGACGACGAUCGACCCCCAAGUAUCGGAGACAGCGAAAGCGAACACGACCCCGACGACGAUCUCGAGGCCGAGAGCGCAAGCGAGGAUGAUGAGGAAGAAGGCGCACAGGCAGACGGGACCAGCGAAGACGAGUCUUCUGCCGAUUCAGAAUCCGACUCCGAUUCCGACGAAGCCGUGAUACUCACCAAGAAGAGCAAAACCAAAGCCAUAGAAGAUAAGCCCACCUCGUCCGCCUUCCUUCCCGCGCUCAGCCACGCCGCCUACUUCAGCGGCUCCGAAUCCGAAGCCUCCGACCUCGACGUUGACGUCGCUCCACGAAAGAAUCGCCGUGGCCAACGCGCCCGUCAAAAGAUUGCUGAGAUGAAGUUCGGCGCAAAAGCCAAACAUAUUGAGAAAGCACAACAGAACGUCAAGUUCGACGCCAAACGAGGAGCCGUUGCCGGUGAUGGUAAGCGUCAAAGACGAGGCAAGCCCAUGGGUCCUGGUCUCCAACAGAGUGGAAGCAACGCAGAGCCACUGGGUAAGAAGGAUGAUAAAAAGGAUAGGAAGAUGGGCCUGGGUGUUAAACGGGAUGACAAGGGCGAACUGCAUCCUAGUUGGCAGGCUGCGAAGAUGGCAAAGGAGAGCAAGAAGUUGAAGAUUGAUGUUGCGGGCAAGGGAGCGCCGCAGGGAAAGAAGGUUGUUUUUGAUUGA